GCCAUCAAGACAACUACCUGCAAGCUCGACUCCCAUCUCGCAAGCCGUCAAUCGCCAUCGUCGAGCUCUGACGAUAUCCUGCAUUUACAGCUACCUCUCAAGGACGACUCAAUAGUAUUUGUCAAGAUGACUGACGUUACCGAUUACAUGAAAUGCCCGGUCUAUGCGCCAUUCUUCGGUGCCAUGGGCUGCUCGGCAGCCAUUAUCUUCACUUGCUUCGGCGCAGCAUAUGGAACAGCUAAGUCAGGUGUUGGUAUUUGCUCAAUGGGUGUUCUCCGACCGGACCUGAUUGUCAAGAACAUCGUUCCAGUCAUUAUGGCUGGUAUUAUUGGUAUCUACGGGUUGGUCGUCUCGGUCUUGAUUUCCGAUGGACUUAAGCAAGAAUUGCCAUUGUACACUGGCUUCAUCCAACUUGGCGCAGGUCUCAGUGUCGGUUUGGCUGGUUUGGCUGCAGGAUUCGCUAUUGGUAUUGUUGGUGAUGCUGGUGUGAGAGGUAGCGCCCAACAACCUCGACUCUUCGUCGGCAUGAUUCUUAUCCUCAUUUUCGCUGAAGUCUUGGGUCUCUAUGGCUUGAUUGUUGCUCUUCUGAUGAACUCGAAGGCCAGCUUGGACGUGAGCUGCUAAACGGAUCGAUUCGAAUAUCGGAG